GACUCGUACUUCCACUCCUGUGUAGGCACUCGGUAGGGAAACAUUAAAAGCAGUGCCAGAGAGAGAGAGAGAGAGAGAGAGAGAGAGAGAAGCACAUUAAUAGCAAACUUCAGUAAUUCAUAUUGGCUAGUAAAGAGUAAACACCCACGGCAGUAGUGAUGUCGUUUAGUUGUUAGGAAAUUCGGUCAUGUGUAAGAGAGAGAGAGGAAAGGCGUAACUGCCGAGAAGCAGGAAGGAUCACUACUUGUGGCAGUGGUAGGGUCUCUCAGGGCGUGAGGGAGGUGUGGGCGUGGGAAUCGGGUCAGGAAUGAAGGGGAACAGGAAAGACAAACCCAUUCUUUCAGUUGUCGCUCGGUAGUCAGUGUGGGUAGAACAGUAGUGCAGAGUGAGCCUUGCUUGUACUGGAGGUAGUGAUUCCAGGGAGAGAGAGAGAGAGAGAGAGAGAGAGAGAGAGAGUACUGCUGCCGGAUUACCCUAAUGAAUCUAGCAAAUAGGAGUAGUGUCCAAGUGGCGGUGGCAGGAUGUAAGGGAAUUCAGCAGUUGUACCAUGGCCCAGGAGUUCCUUCCACUGUGCGAUGUGCUCUUUAACAUCAUCUCGCUGGCUUCCUACUUCUGUGAUGUUGUGUUUGAUGUGGUCACCAUCUACACACUUUAUGACCAGAAAGAAGUGGUGUGGUUCACGCUGUCCUUGUCAUGUGUAUUGUUGUCCCUUGUCGUGUGUCAGCUGUGCUCCUUCAAGUGGUAUUUGUCCAGCCUUCGAAAAGACUUGGCCAAAAAAGACUGUGACCUGGGCCUUAUGAUCCUAUUACAUUUUUUCCAAGGUGGUGUUCUAUGGCGUUACUUCAAGCUUUUCAUCCCUGUGGACCUACGUUAUGUGAAGCAUGAGGUGCGCGAUCUGUGCAUGCUGCGGCUGAUCCAUGCUUUUUGUGAAGCAGCACCUAUGUUGCUCAUUCAGCUGUACCUCAUAUGGCGUAAGCCCUCUCUUUCCCACCUGACUGACCUCAACAUUGUAUCCACAGCACUGUCACUCUUCAGUGUGUGUUGGGCACUGGCCUCCUUCAACAAGAAUGUGCGACGUCACAAUGUCCAUCGGCUUAUUUUGACGUGGUUGGGCGUCAUCUUCCAGUUUGUAUGGAGGUUGGGGACCAUCACCUCCCGCUCCCUAGCCCUAACUGUAUAUGCCACUUUGUAUGGUUACUGGGUGUUCUUGGUCAUAGCCCUUCAUUGGGUUUCCAUGUUCCUGUGGCUCAUCUCACCAAAGAAUGUUUUUCAUGGAGAGAAGAUGCCAAUGUUCAAGAAAGUAAUUUUUUCAAUGUUGAUAGCAUUUUGUUACAUCUUCUGUUACAUUAAUCUGCAAGAGAUCAAUGCACGACAGAAGAUGGUUGCCUUCUAUAUUACGAUGUUGCUAGAGAAUGCUCUGCUGGUUGCUGUGUGGUUGGGUGGUUUGAGAUCUUCUCCUUGGUACCAGUACCCUGUCACUGCCCUGGUCUUUGUUUCUUUUGGCUUUGGAGUUGUAUUUAUGAUAUUCUACUAUCAGCACUUCCAUGUCAAGCGACUCAAACACAACUAUACUGUUUCAUCUUCCAUCAAUACCUAUUCAUCAUGCACAGGCUGUCAGAUGGGCCAGUGUACAGACAAGUCUCACAGAAUGCCAUUUCCUUACUACCUGAAUGAACUUUCUGCUAGUGAUAACAGUACAAUUGCCUCAAACCCUCAGCAGAAUGGCUCAGCAAAGCCAAAUAACCUUGAGACAAGUGAGCAACGAAGCAACCAUCAUGAACACCAUCAUCACCCACCACACCAACCCCAACACCACCACAACCCUGCUGAUGCCCUUCAUGUACCAGGAGUCUUCACUUGUCGUUUCAAUCCAGGGAUCAAAAGGAAAAAAAAGAAGCCUACAAGUUUUGUACCCCCACCAGUGCCAGUCCUUCCUUCCAUAGGUGUGCCAAACAACAAUGGUCGUGUAAUGCCUUUCUGGAAACGCCCAUUGCCUCAGUCAGUUUCCAGUGAUCAUGAAGGUAGUGUGGGAUCUCGGGUCAAUAUUCAACAAAAACUUCAAGAAAAGAAACAGCAACAGAUUGCAGAGUUGCGACAGAUCGAAGAAGAAAUCAAGGCUGGUAAACUGAAGCGUCCUCAUCCCAGUGAUAUAUCUGAAUCCGGGACACUCCGUCAGCCCAUACCUCGUGCCAAGAAGCAACCUUGGCUGAGACCAGAGCCACUAGAUUACACAUACCUGGUUGUGGAACCUUCAGCAGCACCUGUGCCUGCUCCAGCCCACAGAAAACAUCGUUCCCAAACACCAGAGAUCUUGUUAGCACCUCACUACCUUGAUAACACCAGAAUUUAUUAUGACUACCAAGACCCCCGUUGGAAGUAUGGCAAUAAUUACCACCUUCCCUCUGAUGACAUGAGUGGCUCCAGCUAUUCCAAACAUUCAAUUAAGCGUCGAAAUAAAAAAGUAGACAAAAAUGCUGACAAUAGGGACAAGGUCAUCUAUAAGUCAUAUAGGAUCCCUUCUGACCUAGACAGUCAGAUUUCCUUGCCUAGGUCUUACACACUGCCUCGAGAGUUCAAAUAUUACCGAAGACCAAAGUCAAGAAAGGCUGUGAGAACAGACCACUUCAUGGCUUCAACGAAUUCAAGUGACGGAGAUGUGGAUUCCUGUGACGAAGGAGAUCUGGAUGAGUCCCUGAGUCGUCUGAACAAUGCUGUUCACUUUCAUCUUAACCACAAUCACAACCAUCACCACUACCACCAUCACAGCUUUCUUCACAAUCACCAUAACAAUACCAGUAACAAUAACCAUGUGGUCCCGGAAUCACCACCCCACCCACAACAUCCACUUCGAGCCCGUAUCCACGCAGCUUUCCAUCGCAGUCAAGCCAACACACAUGAGACUAAAUUAUGAGGGAAUGCAUCCUGCCUAGAGGCAAGUGAUGGGAUGCUGCCAUGGCAAGAGAGUAUGGAAAUUUCUUAAUAAUGAGAAGGAUAACAAAUAGUUUCAGAUAUAUGAAAAUGAGACAGUAAAAAUGCUACUGUUUAUCAGGCAAGAUAUAUCCAACAUUUAUACAUUCACAUGCACAAGGAGUGCAUAUAUGCAGUAACAAUGCCUUGUGUAGUGUGUAGUGUAUUGCUCGUCCUAGAGGUCACAAACUAGGGAAUAUUCCAUAUAUACAGACUUGUGUUCAAAAUGUGAUUUUAUUUUGGUGCCAAAACAUUGUGCUGCCAUAGCAUGUUCACUUCAAUUAUCUGAUAUUUUAUUUUGUGUGUAAGUUAGGGGGAGGGGGACAUUAAUUUGCAGAUAUCAUAGCAUUGUAUACUCAUUUUAAGUAUGAAACUAAGCAUUGGUAUAUUAUGUGAAGUUGAACAAAAUCAACGUUGAAAAUGUAUUUCAAGUUUCAGACCAUGUUUCCUUUAUGGCUUCUGAUGAUAAGAGACUCCACUCUUUUGUUGUAUCAUAUACUAACCAAAAAUAUCAUUAAGUAUGUAUUUAUCAAAGCAUUACCAUUUUUAUUAUUUUCAUAACUGAUUCUACUUGUGUGUGAUUUUAAAUAUGUUGAAGUUAAAGUAGUGCAAUUGGAAGGAAAAGCCCAAAGUUUAUAUGUGAUUACAAUUUUGAAUCAGUGAGACCAGUUAUCUGAUCUUAUUAUGUCGCCAUUAAUCUUGAAAGUAGAAAUCGUCUUGCAUGAAAUUAACAAUUUUUACGGCAUGCUGUACCAGUUUGUGACUCCUCCUUCCCAUUCCUCUCUGAAAGUGGCCAACAUGUGGUGUGGCCACACUAGUCCCUGGAGGCAAGGCGUUAGCAUUUCAGAGUGGUUCAAUGGCGACAACAGCUGCUCACGUAGGGUCACAUGGUGCCCCUUACACAGACAGACUCAUAGUAAAUGUUGAUAGGUGUAAAGAGUUCAAUGUCUUGUGUGAUGUAUGAUAGAAAUCCUGCUCAGGUUCAGAAAUAUUCAAUGGGCUUAUAUAGACUUUUUUUCUCUCUCCUUUCUUGAACAUGUGCUGCUAUAUAUAUAUAUAUAUAUAUAUAUAUAUAUAUAUAUAUAUAUAUAUAUAUAUAUAUAUAUAUAUAUAUAUAUAUGCACUGUAUAAUUAAUGUAUUUAUUUAUUAUAUACAUAUUUUUGUCCUUUCUGGGGAUUUAGAGGCAUUCAGAUCAGAUUUCCCAGGACAACAGUGUGUGUGUGUGUGUUUGUGUGUGUUUACCAAGCUGCUUGUCAAGACUGUCUGUUAUAUUUUAGUUUAUAUAUUUGUAGGAGUUUGGGUAUGAUAUAUACCUUCACUAAGACUCCAGAGGUCGUACAAUAUAGCGCGACACAUCACAACUACCGAUAUAGGUAGUGUGCAACAGCUAGACUGUUCACCCUGACAGGCGACACCUUGAAUGUCCGCCUGGUUUUUAUGAGACUUGAAAUGCCCUCACAUGCCUCACUGGUAGAGUAUAUAUAUAUAUAUAUAUAUAUAUAUAUAUAUAUAUAUAUAUAUAUAUAUAUAUAUAUAUAUAUAUAUAUAUAUAUAUAUAAACAAUGUCUCACACACACACACACACACACACACACACUCAGAUUUCAUAAAAGUUACAGUGACUCGAAGUUUUGUGAUGCGUUGCGCUGUGUUAGGAUGUUUCCCCUCGACCAAUGCGCGCCAUCACUUCCGGGACACUGUCAAUCACUCAGGUAUAUCUUUUCAUCACUCGCUUCUUGGUGCCCGUCUGUCUCGGAAUAAACCUUGUGAUGUUGCUGCCAUCUCCCUUCCUCCAUCCUGGCACCUACUGUACAGUAGGCUUUCACAAAAUUAAAUUGAUAAUAAAGAUAUCACUAUAUAUUAAAUUAUUAACCGUUCAUGAAAUUAUUAACUACCUCAGAGGAGAAAUGUUGCUGAAUGAAGUAGUACAGCUGAACGGUGUGUUGUGACUGGUGAUGUAAUGUAUGCGUAGCCUUAUUACGUGUGUGUUGGUGUUCCCUAUGCAGUGGUGUCCUCCGUGUUGCCGUUUUCACGUACCUACUUGGUGAAAUUUAUACUGUAUAUCCAAAUGUGUUUAGAAUUUGCUGUUAGGUUGUGUAUAAAUUUUUUGUACUGCAAAUAUUACUUCUGUCACUCUUUCAGAAUAUGUUUGCAACUAUUUUUUAUCUAUUCACCCAUUUAUAUUUGUUUAUUUUUUACUGUAUUUUUUAUAUUUACGUGUAUGAAUGAAUCUAUGCAUGUACUUAUUUUUGCUGUUUUAUUAUUAUUAUUAUUAUUAUUAUUAUUAUUAUUAUUAUUAUUAUAAAUAUUAUUAUUAUUUUUGUUAUUUUUAUCAUUAUUAUCAUUAUAACAUUAUUAUUAUUAUUAUUAUUAUUAUUAUUAUUAUUAUUAAUAUUAAUAUAUCUUCAAUAAAUUCCCCACACUGAUGUUCUCUGAGAAAACUACACGUACUGCUGUAUACUUAACGGAUAACGCUCCACCAGACUCAUUUCAAAUACUCUUCAAUCCAGGGCCAGGCUCUGUUGAUAAUUGUGUUGUUUAGGGUGUUGUGUGUUGGAUGGGGGAAAGAGGGAUGGUGCUGCGCGAGCGUUGAUUGGCCAGCAGAUACUUUGGAAAAAAAAAUAAAUAAAAAAUAAAAGGCGAUAAUUUCGCAAUCUGAUUUAAUUUGUGAAUGUUAGGACACAUUCUGUACAUGUUGUGAAUCGUUGUAUAUACAUAGUCUAUUUAUGAUUAUUUUGAUACAGAUUUUGAAAUUGUGACCAUAAAUUUAUUCUUAAUGUAAGAAUAAUACUAAAGUUUUAUAAGCA